CCUGUUCAUGAACCACUGGAAAUAAGUGAAGACAAUGGAAUGGACCAAGAUAUCUUUGAUAUCAAUGAAGCUUUAGGACUGGACCUGUUUGAGGGUGAUAUCAAACUUGAUGGGGCAGAGAAACGAAACUCCAUUAUUGGUGAUAAGUAUCGAUGGCCCCACACCAUUCCAUAUGUCCUGGAGGACAGCCUGGAAAUGAAUGCCAAAGGACUUAUUCUCAAAGCCUUUGAACAAUACCGCCUAAAAACCUGUAUUGAUUUCAAACCCUGGGAAGGUGAAGCAAAUUAUCUCUCAGUGAUCAGAGGAAGUGGCUGCUGGUCCUAUGUAGGAAACCGCCAAACUGGAAGGCAAGAACUCUCCAUAGGAACCAACUGUGACAGGAUUGGAACUGUUGAGCAUGAGUUCCUUCACGCACUGGGAUUCUGGCAUGAGCAAUCACGAUCUGACAGGGAUGAUUAUGUCACAAUAAUGAGAGACAGAAUUCAGACUGGAAGAGAAGGAAACUUCAAUAAAUAUAGUGAUAAAACAUCAGACUUCCUUAAUGUCCCUUAUGACUACACCUCUGUAAUGCACUAUAGUAAAACUGCCUUCAUGAAUGGCACAGAACCAACGAUAAUAACUAACAUACCAGCCUUCAUUGAUGUGAUUGGACAACGGAUGGAUUUCAGUGAAUAUGAUAUCCAGAAACUGAGUCAACUAUAUAACUGUACCACUUCCUUAAGCUUUAUGGAAACGUGCAGUUUUGAAUUUGAAAACGUGUGUGGCAUGAUUCAAGGUUCAGAAGAUAAUGCUGACUGGCAACGUAUAACUGAAGUAUCUGGUGGACCGAAAACUGAUCAUACCUAUGCUGGAAACUGUCAGGAAACUGGCUUCUUUAUGCAUUUUAACACUAGUGCUGGAGUCACAAGGGACCAAGCCAUUUUAGAGAGCCGGUUUCUGUAUCCCAAGAGAGGAUUCCAGUGCCUGCAGUUCUAUUAUUACAACAGUGGGAGUGAAAGUGAUCAGCUGAAUGUCUUAGUUAAGGAGUACAGUGAAGCGAACCCCAAUGGUACUUUAAGACUUGUGAAAACAAUUCAAGGUUUACCAACGGACUAUUGGCAGCUAUAUCAUGUUCCUUUGAAUGCUACAACUAAAUUCCGAGUUGUAUUUGAAGGCAUAAAAGGAUCUAGUGUAUCAAAUGGAGGUCUUUCCAUUGAUGAUAUCAAUCUGUCAGAAACCCAGUGCCCUCACCAUGUUUGGCAUAUAAGAAAUUUCACUCAGCUCCUUUAUUCAAGCCCUGCAGGGGAGGCAGGAGCAUUAUACAGUCCGCCAUUUUAUUCUAUGCAAGGUUAUGCAUUUCAGAUUGCAUUGCAUUUGAAUAGUACUAGCCCAUUUAAUUUAGGUAUAUAUUUACAUUCAGUCUCUGGUGCAAAUGACAAUCAGCUUACAUGGCCUUGUGCAUGGCAGCAAGCUACUAUGGUUCUCCUUGAUCAAAAUCCAGACAUCCGUCAACGUAUGUCAAAUCAAAGGAGCAUAACAACAGAUCCACAGAAAUUACUAGGAUCUUCGGAUCUUUUUUUUUGGGACAGUCCAAGUAAAGUAGGACAACCAGCUAAUUUUACUAAUGGGACUCAGUUUAUGAGAGGUCCUAAAUCUGGAACAUCUGCCUUUUUAACGCACGAAAGACUUAAAAGUCGUGACUUUAUUAAAGAGGACAGUGUUUUCAUUUUAACAACAGUGGAAGCAGUUAGCAAUGCUUCAGCUACAAAACAAUCAACUAUUAUGCCCAGCACUGCUAGUGUUUGUGACACUUAUGGUUGUCAAAAUGAUGGGAUCUGCAUUGUUGUAGAUGGAAACCCAGUUUGUAGGUGUCCUGCAGGUACUGACUCGUGGUACAUGGGAGAAAAAUGUGAAACAGAAGGAUCAACUAAGGACGUUGUUGUUAUAGCAGUUUCCUCAACUCUUUCCGCAUUUGCCAUUAUGCUGAUUGUCACUGUUGUUUCCAUCAGCUGUAUUAAAAAGAAAUAUCGUAAGCAACUGAAAGCUAGUACAGACCAGGAAUUACAAAAUGUAAGUAGUCUGCUUGGGACAGUGGCUGUAUUCAGAUAUUACAAUAAAGCAUGGUUUGCUUAA